AUGUCCGAAAACACCCCGAUCGAUCAAUUAGCGGACGCCGCUGAUCGUAUUUUCUCGCAACUGGAUAAUCAGACAACGCCAGUACACAGUGCUGAAGCGACUAGGGACCACAGGUCCUGGAAAAACAGUGGAGGAUUUGCAGCGCCAAGUGAGAGAUUUAACAUUGGCUCUAAAAGCCAUGGUCGAAGCCGGUUCCCCUCCGCCGGCGCUGAAGUCGACCUCGCUCGUCCAGUCGGAACAAGGAUGCCACUUCUACUAUGUGUUACUACCACCGACGAUUUGGGUCUGCAGCACACUACUGCACCAAGCCGUGUUCCUAUACUGCGGUCGCGGGAAAACAAAACCGCCAGCGAUCGCCUCUUCUAUGUGACGGAUACACGUAAUAAUUUACGUUUUUUGGUUGACACCGGCGCUGCCAUUAGUGUCUUACCCGUGCGUGAUAAAGCUCGUCAACAACCUUUCCAGCUCCGCCUACAAGCAGCAAACGGUUCCACUGUGACCACACCCCCAGUUUCUUCCUCUUUUAUUCAGGACUUACGCCUUAAAAUGGCAAACUUAUGCUAUACACCACCGCGGCACUGCCCGAGUGAUAUCUAUUUACAACACCAGCUCAAGGACUGCGAGUUUGUAUUUGUACGUAACGACUCUGUUAAGCGGCCUCUUACGCCGGCCUACACAGGCCCAUACCGCGUUCUUAAACGCGCGGACAAAUAUUUCCAGAUACAAAAAGGUGUUCACACCGACAACGUUUCAAUAGAUCGGUUGAAACCUGCCUUUAUAGAGAAACCGUCGUCUCAUACUACUUCCCAAUCAACUCCGCAAGUUCAGGAUAAUUUUAAGACACCUGUUUCUCUCGACAAGCCUAAAUUAUACCAGCUCCGGUCGAAAACCGAGAAGAUUGUUAUCACUCCUCCAUCAACCAAUCUCCCCCCUCUCUCUCUCUCUCUCCAGUUCUCGCUCCAUCGCUCCCGCUCUCUCUCUCUCUUUCUUGUUCCAUCGCUCCCUCUCUCUCUCUCCAGUUCUCGCUCCAUCGCUCCCUCUCUUUCUCCAGUUCUCGCUCCAUCGCUCUCUCUUUCUCUCUUUCUUGCUCCAUCUCUCCCUCUUUCUCUCUCCAGUUCUAGCUCCACCACUCCCUCUCUCUCUCCAGUUUUCGUUCCAUCGCUCCCUCUCUCUCUCUUUCUUAAUCCAUCGCUCCCUCCAUUCUUGCUCCGUCGCUCUCUCUCUCCAGCUCUCACUCCAUCGCUCCAUCUCUCUCUCUCCAGUUCUCGCUCCAUCGCUCCCUCUCUCUCUGUCCAGUUCUCGCUCCCUCUCUCUCUCUCUCUCUCUUUCUUGCUCCAUCAUUCCCUCUCUCUCUCUCUCUCUCUCUCUCUCCAGUUCUCGCUCCAGGCUCCCCUCUCUCUCUUUUCUUGCUCCAUCGCUCCCUCUCUCUCCAGUUCUCGCUCCAUCGCUCCCUCUCUCUCUCCCUCUCUCUCUUUCUUGCUCCAUCGUUCCCUCCCCUCUCUCUCUCUCUCUCUCUCUCUCUCUCAGUUCUCGUUCCAUCGCUCCCUCUCUCUCUCUCUGCAGUUCUCGGUCCAUCGCUCCCUCUCUCUCUCUCGCUCCAUCGCUCCCUCUUCUCUCUCUUUCUUGCUCCAUCGUUCCCUCUCUCCCUCUCUCUCUUCUCGCUCCAUCUCUCCCUCUCUCUCUCCCUCGCUCUCUUUCUUGCUCCAUCGUUCCCUCUCUCCCUCUCUCUCCAGUUCUCGCUCCAUCGCUCCCUCUCUCUCUCUCUCUGCAGUUCUCGGUCCAUCGCUCCCUCUCUCUAUCUCUAGUUCUCGCUCUAUCGCUCCCUCUUUCUCUCUCCAGUUCUUGCUCCAUCGCUAA